UAGAUCUGAUAGCCAUGAAUGGGGUGGUGGAGACGCGGGUUUGUGGAUUUUACUCAGAUGCUAAAAUUAAUGUUUGCACCUCAAUGGAGUUAUUUUUAUCAUAACUUUCAACAAUAAUACACUCGACGUCUUUAAAUGCUUCACUCGAGACAGUCUUGUCCGGCGUAAUAGCUAUUUUGUGGUCGUCGCGGGGCUCGAAGCAAUUCACGGUUUCGUUUGCUUUCUCUUAUUAAACAUGCCGAGGAACAACAAGACCUCGCUGAUCCAGAAGAUAGCGAGCCAGGCUUAUGUGACCUUCACAAACUGCUCUAGCUCUGCCAUUGGAGAUAACAAGACGUUUUUAGAGCAGCAGGCAGAGUUGGUCACCCUGCUGUCCGACAUCAGGGCUGCGGAUCUGAAGAUUGCGCCACCGAAGAAAGUCUCCAUAUCCUCCCCACAGUCCUCAGCAGUCCCUCCAGUCACAUACAUGCACAUCUGUGAGACUGAUGUCUUCAGCAUGGGAGUGUUUCUGCUGAAAUCUGGAGCUUCCAUCCCUCUGCAUGACCAUCCUGGGAUGAAUGGCAUGCUGAAGGUCCUGUACGGCAAGGUCAAUAUAAGGUGUUAUGACAAGUUGGAUAAAGCUGGGAGUGAAACUGAGAGGCAGUUUGAUCCACCACUGUUGCCCUUCCAGAGAGAUGACGUGAGGAGAGCCAUGCUCAGGUCCUCUGGACAGUUUUCUCAUCAGAGUGGCCCUUGCAUCCUGACCCCUCUCAAAGACAACCUUCACGAGAUUGAUGCAGUGGACGGACCAGCUGCGUUUCUUGAUAUACUGGCACCACCGUAUGACCCUGACAAUGGGAGAGAUUGUCACUACUACAAAGUUUUACAAACUGCUGGCAAAAAGUCAGAGCAGAGCGAUGAAGACGAAACCUGGCUUUUAGAGAUUCCCCAGCCGGAUGAUUUCUGGUGCGGGGGUGAGCCAUACCCCGGUCCUGAAGUUUCGGCAUAGGGAAACGAACACUGGAAUGACCCGUGAUCCGUCCGUAAAAAAUAGUUUGUUUGUUUUUUUCUUGGGGCUUCAAACGUCACUACAUGUUUUUAAAUGUCCAUUCCAAACCUAUCUACAUCAAUUUGUGGCCUUGCUUGUGAAUAAUGAAUGUAUACAUGCUUGAAAAGCCUUUACUCUUGUAUAAGUGCACACUAUAUAUCUAUAUUAAAUACUUGUUUAAUUUAUUUAAAAAAAAAAAAAUCAUAUACAAACACUAAUUCUUAUGUACUGUUUAUAUUUUUACCGUCAAAGUACAAUUAAAAUGUUCGUAAAUCA